AUGUCUGUAUAUAUAACGGAUUAUGAUGAAGAUAAUCCAUUUAAUAAUCCUCCAUCAGAUGAAGAAAAUGAAAGUGAAUUAGUUGAAUUAGAAGCUGAAGAUUUUGUUGAUUAUGUUCAUCGUUUGGAUACGGAACAAAAUGAACGAUUACAAAAAGAAGAACAAGAAAUUAUUCGAUUAUGGAAAGCACGAAAUACUGUAUUAUCUCAAUUAGAAUCUACAAAACAACCAAUAUCAUUACAAACUAAUGGUAAUAUAUCAAUAUCAGAAAUUGAAUCACAUUAUGAUGAUAAUGAAUCAAUUAUAUCACAACAAACAAAUUAUUCAAAAUGUACAGACAAAGAUGAAUCAAAAAAUUCAUGUAUUAGUUUUUCUACACGUUUACGUAAUAAACAAUCGAAUAUAACAAUACCACCACCACCACCACCACCAAUAUCAUCAUUUGUUAAUCGAAAUAUUAAUAAUCGAAAUGGAUAUGCAUCAUCUAUUAUAUCUAAUGAUCAAUAUGAUGAUCGAAGUUCUGGAGUUGGUAGUUUAAUAUUAAGUCCAGUUCAAAGUCCUGUUAUGUGGCGUUCAGAAAAAAUUGUUGGUCGAGGUUUAUGUUCAUCAUCUAUUGAUUAUAAUCAGAUGAAUAUUGGAGAAGCACGUCUUGUUAAACCAUAUAAUCGUACGAAUACAUGUUCCGAAACUGAUGUCUUUAAAGAUCUUGAUAAAUCAAAAGAGAAUGGUUUUUUUGCAAAUAUUCGUGCACGUAUGGAAGCAACAGCAGCAUCUAGUAAUUCAAGUGAUACUCCAUUAAGUUUUGAUGAUCAAUAUAUAAAUGUACCAUUAUUAUCAAAUACAAAAAAAAGUCAUUUUGAUUACGAUGAAGAAUUUAAUUAUCAUCAAACAUAUAUUUUACCAAAAUUAAUACAAGAAGAAAAAGAAAGACGAAUACAAGAAACAACAAUUGAUUUUUCAUUUAAAAUUGGUUUAGAUGAACCAAUAACCAAUAUAAAUAAUGAUGGAUCUAUUAUUGAAGAUGAACCAUAUUUAUCAAUUAUUGUUGAUAAUAAUAAUAAUGGUUUAAAACGUGUUUGUUCAAUAUUUGAUCAACAUCAACUUGUUUAUGAUCGUGAAAAUAUUUUACAUGAUCAAUGGUGUUAUGGUCUUACAUCAUAUACAUUUCUUCUUAAACAAUCAGUUAAAAUAGUUAAUUCAUCAGUUAUGAAAUUAUUACAACAACAAUUAAAACAUAGUGAUACAUUUUGGCUUUCAAAUGGUUUAAAAAAACGACCAAUAUUUAAUGAUUCUUAUUUUAAUAUUGAUGAAACAUCGUCAGGAUCAUCAAAUGGUAUAACAUCUACAUCUACUACAAAUUGUCAAACAACAGAAACUGUUAUCAAUACAGAAUCAUCUGCUGUUGAAACAACACGUUUAAAUAAAUAUCGUCAAUUAGCUCGAUGUUUUUUUCAUAUUAAUUGUCAAAUGGAAUGGUCAUCAGGUGCAUUAAUAGCAAUGAAUUUAUUUUCACCAUAUGAAAAAUUAUCUAAACAAUCACAGGAAAAAUGGGCAUUACGUUUUCGUGAAGAUUCUGUGGAUUUUAUUUAUCAAACAAAAGAAAAAUCAAAUCCAAAUUAUGAAUAUAUUAAACGAUUACAAGCAAAUUUUAUUGAUAAAAGUGUUAUUAUAACAACAAAUAGUGAUGGUUUUGUUCUAUAUAUUCAAAUGAAAGGCAAUAUAAUGGAAUUAAUUAAUUAUGAACCAUGGUGGAUAGCACGAAAACAUCGUGAACAAAAUAAACCUGUAAUGUCAUCACGUCAAGCCAUUCAACGUCAAGCUAACAGUUCUAAUCCUCUACCAUUUUGUUCAACAAUUCGUAUAUCUAUAAAAGUUUCACGAGUAAAAGAUAGUUCACAACGAAAAAAUGAUCGUCGAUAUAGAAAUCAAACAAUUGAUGAAUAUGAUUUUCGUAUGGAUUGUAUACUUAUACAUAAUAUUCGUGUAGCAUUUCGUGAAUUUCUUGCUUUUUUUUAUCGUCAUCGUAUACAAAUAUGUUUUGCUGGUUCAAUAACUGAAUUAUCAUUUAAAUUAUCAUCAUAUCAUAUUGAACAACCUAUAUUUAAUACAUUUAUGAAAAAUUAUUCAUGGCAAAUGUUAUUAUCACUUGGAUAUCGUUUUCAACAACAAGUUACACAAAAAUUUAUUGAUUAUUUUCAAAAAAUUGAAAUAGAUGAUGAAUUUUAUCAAAUAGCUCUUUAUAUUUGGCGUCGAGCAAAAGAAUAUCAUUUUGUUAAUAUAUAUGAAGAACUUAUGAAAUAUAUUGAGCGUCAAAAAGAAAAUGGUUAUGAAAAACGUACAUCAUCAUCACAUGCUUCUUCAUUAAUGAAUUCAUCUCGAAAUAGAGCUCAUGCACCAUCAGUAACUAUAACACCAACAACUAUUUGUAUUAAACCAUUUAAAUUAGCUAAAACAAAUCGAGUUAUACGUGAACCAAAAUUUGGUGGUGUUUACAGUUUUUGUUUAGUUGAAAUACGAGAAGAAACAGGUGAUCAAUUACAAGCAAAUUAUUUUGGUACACUACGUUCGAGAAUUGAUGAUUAUCUUAAAUUUGGUUUUAAAUUAACAAAUGAUCGACUUUAUCGAUAUCUUCAUCAUUCACAAUCACAAUUAAAAGAUAAACAAUAUUGGUUUUAUUGGCAUGAUGAAAAAAAUAAAACAAAUCUAUCAUUUGAUGAAGCUUAUAAAUGGAUGGGUGAUUUUGAUAAUGAACAUGUUAUUGCUAAACAUUCAGCACGUAUAGCUCAAUGUUUUACAAGUUCCGAAGCAACAAUACGAGUUCCACGUGAAAAAACAGAAAUAAUUGAUGAUAUUGAACGAAAUGGUUAUAUAUUUACAGAUGGUGUUGGAACAUUUUCAUCAAGACUUCGAGAUGAAAUUUGUGUUAAAAUGGGUUAUCGACGUAAAUUUAGUGUUAUGCAAAUUCGUUAUGGAGGAUGUAAAGGAACUGUAUCAGUUAAUCCUGAUUUAGAUUAUACUGAAAAACAAAUGAUUUUACGAAAAUCUAUGUAUAAAUUUAUUUCAACACAUGAUGUGCUUGAAUUAUGCAAAGUAUCAGCACCACGUCCUAUUCAUCUAAAUCGUCAAGUUAUAGCAUUACUUGAAUCUCGUCAUAUUCCACAUUCAACAUUUCUUCUUCUACAAAAUCAACAUUUAUUAUCACUUGUUGAAUCAUUACUUUAUUUACCAUCAACAUAUGAAUUACUUCAUGAACGUCUUCCACCACAUCUUCAAUUACGUGAUCUUAUUCUUACUGCACAAAUCGAUCUUAUUCAUGAACCAUUUUUUCGUCAAUUAAUUACAACUAUGUGUAAACAUGAAAUCAAACGUAUUCAAGAUAAAACACGUAUACAAAUUUCAAAAAAUUCCGGUCGAAAUAUGUUUGGUAUUGUUGAUGAAACUGCUACACUUAAAUCUGGUCAAGUAUUUUGUCAAUAUACAAUAUUAAAUACUGAACAAUUAGAUGAUUUAACUAGAAGCAAUAAUAUUCGUAGUUAUUAUCAAGAAGAUAUAAAAAAAGUUGUUGUUGGGAAAAUAGUUGUUACAAAAAAUCCAUGCCAUCAUCCGGGUGAUUUAAGAACAUUUGAAGCUAUUGAUGUACCAAAAUUAAGACAUCUUGUUGAUUGUAUAGUUUUUCCUCAACUAGGUGACCGACCACAUCCAAAUGAAAUAUCAGGAUCUGAUUUAGAUGGUGAUGAAUAUGCUGUUUAUUGGCAUCCGGAUUUAAUUCCAACAACAGAAAAUUUUCCACCAUAUGAAUAUGAUUCACAAGAAAAACCACAAAAGCUUGAUCGACCAGUAACACGUGAUGAUAUUCGUCAAAUUGUUCUUGAAAUAUCUGAACAAGAUGCACUUGGUCGUUUAUCUAAUCUUCAUUUAGCAUAUACAGAUAAAUAUAGUAUUCGUCAUCGUGAUGCUAUGCGAAUAGCAGCUGCUAUUGCUGAAGAAGUUGAUGCUGCUAAAACUGGCAAACAUCCAUUAACAGAAAAUCAAAUAGCUGAAUUAGCUCGUCAACUUGAAAAUGAACGAGCAGAUUUUUUUAAUCGACCAAAACAAUUCGAUCUCUAUGCAUCAUCAAAUGCAAUUGGUAUAUUAUUUCGUGCUAUACGUCGUUCAGAACCUGGUUGGCUUAAAAUAAAUCGUUGUUUACAUACAAAAACAACAAUUGGUCUUAUUCAAUCAUCACAUAUAAGUGCACAUGUUCAAAUUGAUCCAUUAUUAGUUCAUCCAUUAGCAAAGUUAUAUCAUAAUGACGCUGAACAUUUAUUUAAAACUUAUUAUGAUCAAAUAAAUGAUAUAAUGUAUGUAUAUCAUUUUCAUUCAGAAGUUGAUCUUAUAUGUAAAUUUGAUUCACAACAAAAAAUUAUGCCAAAACAAAAUGAUAUAGCUGAUUCAGCACAAAUUGAAUUAACACGUUUAAUGAAUCAUAUAAGAAAUUUAUUUAAUAAUUGUGAAUUACAAACUUAUCAUCAAUUAAGAUGUUUAUGUGAAGAUUGUGAUGAACAUCGUAUGGCAUGUGCAUCAGCUUGUUAUAUUGUUACAUAUAAACAACCAUAUACAAAAAAAAUUCUUUCAUUUGCAUGGUUAUUUUCAUCAUGGUUAGUUAAAUUACGACGUUCAAAUUUACAAAAACAAAAUUUAAUAUAUUUACCAUCAAAUUAUUUUCUUAUUGGUCAAGCAUUAUAUCGUUCAUUAUUAUUAUUAAUUAAUAAUCAAUCACUUCGUUUUGUUGUUGAUUUUAAUUCAAAUUUAAAUAAAGAUUCAUGUUUACUUCAAUUAAAUUAUGAUAAUCGAAUAAAAAAAUCUAUUUAUAUUCGUAUACAUCUUAUGGAAUGGGCUAUGCUUGAAAUAAUAACAGGAUGGUUAGAUAGACAAGAAAUUUUUUCAACAUGGAAACAUUCAUCUAAAACAGCCAUAAGACCACUUGUAUUAAUACGUACAUGGAAACAUAUUACAACACAAUUUAUAUUUGCUAAAUAUAAACCAAAAAUUUGUUCGAAACUUUUAUUAUUACAAAAUAGAUUUCUAUCAAAACAACAAUUAAUAGUAACAAAUGAGAAAGGAACAUCAGUAAAUUUGACAUUGCCUAAAUUUGUUUCAUCACCACCUAUAUCAUCGUUUCCAUUGAUUUCCAGUUGGUGGUCAGAUGAAAUGGCAUGUAAAUUUUAUAAAUUAUUCUUAAAUUUAACAGCUCAAUGUUCUCGAACACAUGUAUUAAGUGAUUCAUCACAACGAAUGGAUCUGGCUCAUCUUAAUGAAUAUCUAACAUUAGGAUUACUUUCUAUUGCUGCUGAAAAUGAAUUUGGUAAUGUAACAUGGCAGUAA